ACCGGCGACAAACACAACGACGAGCAGAGCACAGCUUCAUCCACUCACUCGCAUUCAAAAGGGGGGGGGGGGGAAACAACAAUAUUUGAUCAUUUAAUGAUGGAUUGCUCAGAGGAAGUGGCAACUGUGUGCGAGGAGCCUGGCGUCCAAGCGGACCUGAAAAAGGGAAUGUCCAUUUUCAUUGAUAUUUUGCGACGUGCGGAUAAAAAUGACGACGGCAAGCUGUCCUUCGACGAGUUCAAGGCCUACUUCUCCGACGGCGUCCUGACGCCAGAGGAACUCAAGGAGCUCUUCCACGCCAUCGACACCCACCACACAGACAACGUGGACACAGAUGAACUCUGUGAGUACUUCUCGCAGCACCUCGGGGAAUACAAGAACGUCCUGGCCGCUUUGGAGGACCUCAACGUGUCCGUACUAAAGGCCAUGGACAAGACCAAGAAGGAUUAUCAGGAGUCCACCCACCUGGAACAGUUUGUGAUUCGCUUCCUGCUGAAGGAGACAACCAAUCAGCUGCAGUCGCUCCAGAGCUCGCUGGAGUGCGCCAUGGAGACCACGGCGGAGCAGACGCGCCGAGAAAAACAAGGUCCAGCCAAGCCGGAGGUUUUGUCAAUCCAGUGGUCGGGCCGUCGCUCCAACCGGAGACUCCAGAGGAACAACAGCCUGUCCCCCAACAACCCCAUCAUGAGUCUCGUGAACUCAGCAGGUGUUUAUGAGGAGGAGAGCCACUGGACGGUUCAAGUGAACAGGCUGCAGAAGCUCAUCGACCGCCUGGAACGGAAGGUUCUUCUUCCUUCUUCCUCCUUACUGGACCAUCGCUCACGUUUUGGGUUUUAUUCCCUGUUUUCAUGUCUGCAGCCGCCACUUACGGCAUGUGCACAUUCACAACAACGCGGACAAAUGACAAACGCCCAUGGCGACGCACGCACGCAUAUGUCCAUAAAAUGGGCGGGAAAUAUGAACGAGAAAAAUGUUAGGGCGGAGAUUCGUCUGGAGCCCGUUGAAGACGCCGUCCCGGAGAGCAAGCUGCACAUUCUGAUCGUGCAGAGGCAGCUUACCGUGCUGGAGGACGAGCUGGAGGAGUUCCGCGUGGCGCUAAGAAACUACAUGGACGCUGCCACCACGCAGACCGGAUGUCUACACGUGGCCCUUCAGCGGCUGGCUAACGAGUCGCGCUUCAUCCUCUACGAAUUCUGGGAGCACAACAGUGUGUGGAAGAAUCACCUGCAGACCAACUACAGCAAGACCUUCCAGAGGGCCAACGUGGACUUCCUGGAGACGCCCGAGACCGUCACCACCAUGCUGCUCCCCGCUUCAUGGUGGGUCCUCAACAACAACUGAGAGCAGCCCGUCACUCACAAUUGGUGCACACACGCACACGCCGUAUGACGUCAUAAUGAUUAGCAUAAUUGAUUACUUCCACGGUUUCUUCUUUGUAUGAAAUAUGUAGCUGCAUUUUAGCCAGCGUGUGUGUGUGCUUAUGAUACCCUAAAAAAAACAAUGACCUCUUGACAUUCUAGUAUCUGACGUCAUCACCGUGUUCGGAUUGACGUCAUUGCACCUUGGGCGCGAGUUUCAGACAUUGUAGCAGCACAUCAUUAUAAUACAUGAAAUACAUUAUUCCAACACAUCACUGCGUUCUUUUGUGCGUAUUUACCGUGACUAAAUGUUAAAAAACGUCAAAUAAAAAAAAGAAAUGCUAUAUUGUUGUGUUUUAUUGUCGAACUUCAAGUGGAUGCAUUUGUCUCCAUCUGGUGACAGAUAGUCGUACUGC